AUGAGACAAUUCCUUAUCGGAGCCUUCAUUAUCUGUGCUCUGACUGCAACAGUCUGUUCAAUUAAAUGCAUGUCCUGCAACAAUUACUACUUGAGCAGUUUUCAGAAUUGCACUGGCCCCACUGUAGAAUGUGACCGCAAAUAUGACAGCUGUGGCACUUCUUAUUUCCUUAAAUUAGAACUUUAUGAGAAAAAACAACAUACAUACGAGACUGGAUGCUGGCAAAGCGAGGAUUGCAAUAAAACUCUUCGGAUGACAGCAUUAGGGCUUCAACUUACACGUAUAUCCUCCUGCUGUAAUACAGACAACUGCACCCCACCAGAAACAUUCUUUGAACCACAGAAUUCCACCAAGAACGGAGUCCUCUGCCUUACUGGUUUUACAGAUGAAAAAUCCAUUGUGCCCAAGUAUGCUAUGGCCUGCACGGGGGAAGAGACGAUUGGGUAUAUAUACUGGUACAUAACCCUUGUUGUUAUUCUUUUUUUUUACCUUUCUUGUAUUUCAGUAAAUUCCCUGGUUUGCCCCGUUUGCUAUUCUGUUAUAGAUUCCUGUGUAUAUCGACCAGUGCAAUGUGAAGGGGAAGAAAACGUGUGUUUGACAGAAUCAAUAUGGACCAGAUCUGGUAACAAAAAUAAAUUAGAAUUUAUAAGAAGAUGUGGAAAAGCUGCCGAGUGCAGUCGGGUUGGUACUUAUAGAAGCAACACCAAGAAGUUUGUCAUCAAUACAACCUGCUGUGACUCCAGUAUGUGCCAUCCUCCAGUCCCCACAUUGCCAAACCAGACCUCUGCUGAAAAUGGAAUGGCCUGUCCAACAUGCUUUGCAGACAAUGCCAGGCAAUGUAUAUUAGAUGACCCCUUGAACUGUGUCGGAAAUGAGAAUCGCUGCAUCCGCUACUUAAAAGAGGAAUUUUUUGAAAACAAAUUAACAAUCCAGUCUUUUUCUGGAUGUACAACAGAAAGUAUCUGCGGCAGUGGAUCAUCCACAAAAAAAUUCUUGUAUUUGACAAAGAGGAAUUUCAAAACGGUAAAAAUGCAUGUGACCUGCAGCGGCAGCGGGAGACUGAAUAUUCCAUUCCGCUUCUACCCAGGCUUCCUGUUAGUCGGCCUGAGAAUAAUAAAGUUUCUAUUAUAA